AGGACAGGGGUCACUGCUGGCUGGGCAGAAGACAGGGGUCACUGCUGGCUGGGUAGAAGACAGGGGUCACUGCUGGCUGGGCAGAAGACAGGGGUCACUGCUGGCAGAGCAGAAGACAGGGGUCACUGCUGGCAGGGCAGAGGACAGAGGUCACUGCUGGCAGGGCAGAAGAUGGAGGUCAUUGCUGGCUGGGUAGAAGACAGGGGUCACUGCUGGCUGGGCAGAAGACAGGGGUCACUGCUGGCUGGGCAGAGGACAGGGGUCACCGAUGGCUGGGCAGAAGACAGGGGUCACUGCUGGCAGGGCAGAAGACAGCGGUUACUGCUGGCUGGGCAGAAGACAGAGGUCACUGCUGACUGGGCAGAGGACAGAGGUCACUGCUGACUGGGUAGAAGACAGGGUCACUGCUGGCAGUGCAGAGGACAGGGGUCACUGCUGGCUGGGCAGAGGACAGGGGUCACUGCUUACAGGGCAGAAGACAGAGGUCACUGCUUACAGGGCAGAAGACAGAGGUCACUGCUGACAGGGCAGAAUACAGGGGUCACUGCUGGCAGGGCAGAGGAUAGGGGUCACUGCUGGCUGGACAGAAGACAGGGGUCACUGCUGGCUGGGCAGAAG